AUGGACUCGGAUCACCAUCUGCCAUCCCACACUGCGGGGACGGAGGACGGCAUCCCGCGACAGGCAGGCAUGCUGCCACGACGGAAACAUGCUGCCUUUGCCCUGCGUGCAGCUGACUGGAAUGAUUCCACCUCGGCGUGUGAAACGCUUCUGGCCACUGUGAUCACAUGGUUGGAGAUGCACCGAGGCACCAUACGAGCGGCAAGGCGCAACAUCCCGUGCGGCAGCCGUGACAGCUCCACAGGAAUGUGGACGGACGGAAUGGAGCAUGCCGAGUCCACUGCAGCGGCAGCAUGCAACGCGCACACUGCCUCACCAGGAGGCAGCCUUCCCGAGCUGAAGUUGCCCGCAAACGGGAGGACCGCAAUCAUGCCCUCCGCGGUGGUUUCUCCAUGCUGCUGGAGGUCCGUGCAAAGCAGCUUGGUGCCCUCUCGAGCCCAGGCCUGUGAUACCCCGAGGCAUGGCGGCACCACGUCCCCGCUCUCUGGGAUCGGCUUUGCCGUGGUACUCUUGGGCCUGUGCCUGUGCUCUGCCUCUGCAGCAGGCAACCCGCUCGUCCGUCACACUGUCCGCGUCUCACGUGCUGCGAUCCCCACAGCUGCCUGCACAGUUUGUGCUCGCGUGCCCCCUGGUGACUGGAAUAUGGAUUGGCCCUUCACGCCGUGUGCGCCUGACCCAGCCAUCCGCGACUGUUUGCCUGGCAUUGCCCCUGGCCCCGGCGGCGUAUUGAGUGUGUUUCUGCGCCGUCUUGUGCCCGCUGCCCGCUGCUCGCACAGAACGAUGAUCAACACCUCCCUCGCCGACGGCAGCCUGCGAAGUCCUUGGGAAAUGGGGACACCACUCCCAUCCGCAGACACGGAGGGAACACACGCCGCACCGAGAGAGUCAUCGGCCACUCCCGCUGCUCUCUGUCCUGCUAGGUGUGAGCGAAGGACUGGUCCACUGCCGCCUGUCAGCACUGCUGGCACACCACCGACGUCAGCCUGGAUCCACGCCACGACGCACGGCCUCGGAGUUGGUGACGCCUGUGAGUGA